GCUGCUGCUUGUUGCUUGUUGUUUGUUGCUGCUGGCUGCUGGCUGCUAGCUGCUUGUGGUAUAAAUGCGGCAAGGGAGAACAUUUGGGCAUCAUUCGAUUUUCUGAUUUUGCAACGAAGACGUCGCUGGCUUCGCUUCGCUUGCCACCCCGACUCGAGUCCAGUUUCAGUUUCGUGUGCGCUCAAACCGGUAAAAAAUAAAUUAGAAAGAAAAUAAGAAAAAUAGUUGCAAGUUUUUGUGUGAGAGAAUCGUAUUUGUAGCUAACGUUAGAGCCAGCAUGCGCUUUUUACUGCCUCUGGCGGCGCUGCUCGCUGCCAGCGUCCAUGCGGAUGUCUCGCACCUGGACACAGAUUUACGCGAGGAUGGAUACCAUUACAAGCAGCCAUCGCAACCGUUUCCGCUGCCGCCCACUGGCAAUGGCAUUGAGGAUUCCGGUUUGAUUCCCGGACCUGCUCCUUCGCAACCAGGUGGUUCUUAUGGCCCGCCCCAGACGCCGCCACCGCGUCCAGCGCCGCAGCCAAUUCCCACGGGUCCUGCGCCCUCGUAUGGUCCGCCGCAGACGCAGCCACCGCGUCCACAGCCGACGCCAUCGGCUCCGGGUCCUUCAUAUGGUCCGCCACAGACACAGCCACCUCGGCCAGCGCCGACGGGACCCGCUCCAUCCUAUGGACCACCUCAAAAGCAACCACCACGUCCACAACCCACUGUGCCUGCUCCGUCUUAUGGACCGCCACAAACGCAACCACCACGUCCACAACCCACUGUGCCAAGGCCAUCUUAUGGACCACCACAAACCCAACCACCACGUCCACAACCCACUGUGCCAGGUCCGUCUUAUGGACCACCGCAGACGCAGCCUCCAUCGCCACCACCGGCUGGACCGGAAUACUUGCCGCCCGAUCAGCCGCAGCAGCCGCCAAGGCCUCGUCCCACUCCGCAGCGUCCUUCGCCACCGGCACCACCAACUGCAUAUGGACCACCACCCACACAGCCAAGGCCACGUCCACAGCCAUCACGUCCUCAAAAGCCAGCACCUGAGUAUUUGCCGCCUUCCGGCCCACCUGCACCACCGGCACCCACUAAUGGUUAUGGUCCACCACCAUCUCAACCACCAGCACCACCCAGUUAUCAGCCGCGCCCACCGGCACCCACUCCCGGCUAUGGACCGCCACCAUCUAAACCACCUGCACCACCUGUCUAUCAGCCACGUCCACCCACACCACCCGCACCACCGGGCACCCUCUAACGGAUAUGGUCCUCCUCCAUCUCAGCCACCAGCUCCUCCAGCUCCCACUCCCGGCUACGGUCCUCCUCCUUCUGGUCCACCUGCACCACCUGUCUAUCAGCCACGCCCACCCACACCACCUGCACCACCGGCACCCACUCCCGGCUAUGGACCGCCACCAUCUAAACCACCUGCACCACCUGUCUAUCAGCCCCGUCCACCCACACCACCCGCACCACCGGCACCCUCUAACGGAUAUGGUCCUCCUCCAUCUCAGCCACCAGCUCCUCCAGCUCCCACUCCCGGCUAUGGUCCUCCUCCAUCCGGCCCACCUGCACCACCUGUGUAUCAGCCACGCUCACUACAACCACGCGCACAACUGGCACCUACUCCCGUUUAUGGACCGCCACUAUUGCAGCCUCCCGCACCACCUGUUUACCAGCCACGCCCACCCGCACCUCCGGCAGGUACUGCUGGGUACGGUCCUCUUCAUUCUAGUCCAGCUGCACCACCCAGAUACCAGCCCGGCGCCCCCCCGACACCCGAAGCUGGUUCCCUGGGUCCCGAUGGCUACAAUUACAAUAAGCCCGCCAGGCCGUUUACCUUUUAGAUAGAGAUGCUGCCCUCGAUUCCCAGACUUAAGUAUUCUUAGCAUAAAGCAAUCAGUUAAUGGAACCCUUUGUUGUUGCAAAGGCAACCUUUUGUAAAUGUUCGUUUCAAAAAUAAAGAAGAAUUCUACAACAACAA